GCCUCGGCCGCCAAGAACCGCCGCUUCAGCCUCGACCAGAGCGCCGUCUCGUCCGUCGUCUACUGCGAGGGCUACGCGCGCAUCAAGCGCCGCAACGUGCUGACCUGGAACACGCGCUUCCUCGUGCUCAGCGACACGGAGCUGCUGGUCUUCCAGAACAAGCAGGACGCCAGCUACCGCCGCAACGUGCUCGAGACGCUCGAGCUCGCGAGCGGCCGCGUGGGCCCCAAGACGGACUUGGGCAUCGAGUUCACGUUCGCGGACGGCCGCGAGAUGCUCGGCCGCGUUUUCAGCCGCGCGGACCAGGCGCAGUGGGUCUCGGCCUUCUACCAGCUGGCCAUGCGCAGCGAGGUGCGGCGCGUCAAGAGCGCCUCCAUGGAGGAGCAGGGCGAGGUCGAGAAGCGCCGCGUUUCGUUCUUCGGCAGCGUGCUCGUGCGCACCAUCCCGACGGUGCCCGACGACCAGGUGCCCGAGCUCUUCUACAGCAAGAAGGACGUCGAGAAGUUCUCGGAGCAGGCCUCGAGUCUGCGCAGCCGCACGGGCGACGCCGUGUCGCUCGUGUUCCGCAAGCCCACGCUGCCGUGGCGCCGCCAGGUCGUG